AAAUUCAGUUUCUACUAUCUACACAUAAAUUCUUUCUUAAACUAUCUACUACUCUCUCUAGUCCAAACCAAACACAAAAACCACACAAAAACCAUCAUCAAAACCAACAAUGGCAGAAACCAACACAGAAGCUCAAAAACAAGCAAGACUAGCCAUCCUCGAGCUAGCAAACAUGAUAAGCAUUCCUAUGUCACUUCACGCCGUCGUCCGUCUCAACGUCGCCGACGCAAUAUGGGAAGGUGGUGCAAACGCGCCACUCUCUGCUGCUCAGAUCCUAGCGCGUGUUGUUCCUGGUGGCGGCGGCGACGCCGAGAAUCUUCAGCGAGUGUUACGUAUGCUGGCGAGUUAUGGGGUGUUUGAAGAGCAUAUUGGGGAUGGUGAGAGGAAGUACUCAUUGACUAAUGUUGGGAAAACACUUGUUAGUGAUGAGAAUGGAGUUUCGUACGGUGCUUAUGUGCUUCAACACCACCAGGAUGCAUUGAUGAGAGCAUGGCCAUUGGUACAUGAAGCAGUAUUGGACCCAUCAAAGGAACCUUUUGAGAGGGCAAAUGGAGAAGGAGCAUAUGACUAUUACCUAAAGAAACCAGAGAUGAAUGAGUUAAUGUUGAAGGCCAUGGCAGGGGUAUCAGUGCCUUUCAUGAAGGCCCUUUUUGAGAGUUAUCAUGGCUUUCAAAAUGUGGAGAAGCUAGUUGAUGUUGGUGGUAGUGGUGGUGAUUGUCUUCGUAUGAUCUUGCAGAAAUAUCCUAAUAUUAAACAAGGGUUCAAUUUUGAUCUUCCUGAAGUUGUGGCUAAAGCACCACAAAUUCCAGGUGUAACUCAUGUGGGUGGUGACAUGUUCAAAUAUAUUCCCCAAGCAGAUGCGAUCUUCAUGAAGUGGGUGCUAACAACAUGGACAGAUGAAGAAAUCAAACACAUAAUGCUAAACUGUUACAAGGCACUCCCAGCCGGAGGCAAACUAAUUGCUUGUGAGCCAGUGUUGCCAGAGACUUCAGAUGAUAGCCACAGAACAAGGGCAUCGCUCGCAGGCGACAUAUUUGUGAUGACAAUCUACAGAGCUAAAGGAAAGCACAGGACUGAAGAACAGUUUAGGCAACUUGCAAUUUCUGCAGGUUUCAAUCUUUUCAAAUCCUUUCAUGUGGACUAUUUCCACAUUGUUCUUGAGUUUCAGAAAUGAAAUUAGACAACUCUUUGUCGUGGAUUUUGUAAGCUUUGACUUGUAUUUGUAAUCGGUGAUAAUAAGGAUGGCAUUUACAGCGAUCCAAAAUAAAUUUGAACAACGAAAUAUAUCAAUGGUCCUUAA